AAGCGCCAAAUUUCAAGAAUUCAAGAACCAUAGAAACUACUUUCAUCAGCUGCAGUUGAAGAUUCAUUUUCUGCGAGUUAUGGCAUCGGAUGAUUUGGAUAAUUCAAUGCUAGAUAUGUUCAAUGUGAUCAACAAGCUCUUAGUGAUGCAUGCAUUGCUGAAGGGGGAUGUGUGAUCGCAUGCAUCUUGAUUAUAGGAGUACGUGGAAAAUAAGUGUGGAGAAUAAUAGGUACAAGGAGCAUCCGAGCUGGCAUUCUAGAAGGACGUGUGGUCCUGAAAAGUGAGGGAGGCGUGUGCUGAGAAGAAGUAAGGCGUGUGCUGUGAUGAAAGGUGACGGCGUUGAUCGUUAUGGACGGAGAGAGGAUGGGGAGCAGACGGCAAGAUGAUCUAUAAAUUUAUAGAGGGGACCACCGUUUUGUUAAGCAUGCUAGCUGUGUGAUUGUUAUUGGCCUAAGGAUCGUGAUCCAAGGGAUUUAGCUUUCGUCUUCCAUUUGUAUCGUUGUUAAUUUCUGAGUUCUUAUUAAUAUACUGCUCAUUCCCCUUAAAUUCUCAAGUUACGUACAUUUACUCGCAUUACUCUGUUUUCUGGGUGUGAGUGCGUGUGUUCUUACGGCGGAGUUAGCUCAUACCCUAUCACUUAGCUAAACAAAGUCCAUUGGUAUGUGACAUGGAGAAGCUGAUUAGCGCCCUAAAUGAUGGGGUAUUGAAUCAAAUGACAAAUGUGAUACUGAAAUGGCUAGAUUUUGCUCCUUUCUUCAAGAAUCCACGUGCUGAUGAUGUGCAGCUCAAGGCGCUUGAGGAGUUGGACGAAGAGUGGGUUGCGCGGUCUGUUAUACUUGGCGAUGGACACAAACCAUGCCUUGCCGAUGUCUUUCUCUACGCGGAAUUACACUCCUUUGUGAAGUGCUUUUCAAGUUCAGAUAUCGCAAGGUUGCCACAUUUGUUGAGGUGGUUUGCUUACAUCCAGAAUCAGGAGGACGUUGCGCCAAUAUUGGGUAUGAUUGUUGUAGAGAAGGCUGAAUUUGUGACCCCUCUCUUAUGUGCUUCAAGUAAAGAUCAUACAGUUGCAGAGCCUCUGAUUGCUGCAGAUGGUGCAAAACUUGGGGAAUGUGUUACGUUAAUGUCGAAAACUGUAGGGGUUCAGAAUCUUGCGGGUGCAGAAUCUUUUCACUGGUGAAAAGGGUGUCACGACGUUUGAUGGUAUCCCGUUCGUGACUUCUUCUGGACCGUGCUCGUCCUCCAUUCCUAACGGAAGCAUCAAAUAGUGGUAGUCUAGUAGGCAGCAUAGUUGGAAUGCCCCAUAUAAGUCCUAUUUGUUCAAAUCUUUGAUGUCCAAAGAGUUAUAUUGUCUAUUUUGUUUUCUAUUUUACCAUUCAAUUAGAAGUGAUGAUU